AUGGACCCUGUACCCAAUAAUAACAUUACAUCCCCUAAGACACAAACUUCGUCCGUGGAAGAACCGCAAUCACGAUCACAACGGCCUGAAUUGGAUAGACUGGGUCAAAAUGGAAGUUCGUCCAACCCGAUAAGCCCCUCUAGUUUGGCAAACCUCUCAAAUCCGUUGGAUGAAGUUGCUGAGGACCAAAAUGGCAUUUGUGAUGACGAUGCCACAAAUACACCCCAGGCAGGUGAGCCUGAAAGCUACACGCUCAUAGACAACCCGCCGAAUCUCGCAAGGAUUCGACACGUCAUGUUUGAAUGCAAGGAGCCCAUUGAGAUCAGCUUGCAAGAAUUCGAAACCUACUGGCCAUUCAUUGAUAAUGUGUGGGUGAAGCAGAGAUCUAAUUCCAGCAAGGAAGGGCAUUGCACUACUGAUUAUUAUAUGUGCCGCCUGCGACGUCCAACUCACCGGAGCUCAGAGACACGGCCUUUGCCAGAGGGUAAGCGCCCUCGAAAGAAAAGGGUACGUGAAGGCGGUCUUUGCAACUUCCAAAUCAAGGUUAUCAAAUUUGAAGGGGCAUAUUCGACGGUCACUAUCGCUAGAACACCGGGGAGCAGUCAUCAACACUCACAUGAUCUCGAUUAUAUUGACAAGGUGAAGCGCAAUACAGGAUUAAUGGAGUUUGCCAAGAAGGAGGCGAGUAAAGGAUACUUACCUUCUUCCAUAUACACGAAAUUCCGAGAAGAAUCGGAACGGCUCAUCGAAGCAGGCGGCAAAUUCUGUACUGUUACAGACGUUCGGAACGUUUCAGCAAAAUGGAGGCUACAGAAUCCGGAGGUCAAACUCGUGCCUCACGAAGGCUAUGAGUAUCAAAAAGGCCACGGAAUUGUGCGGACUCGGGAGAUCUCAGAUGUCGAGAACAACACCGCGCCAGCUGAUUCAACCGCUCUGCACCCGAAUUCACUUCCACCGUUACCACCUGAUACUCUUCCUUUCCCACAAUUUCCGCUGGAUUUCUUAGAGCCCUAUCUCCCGAAGAAAGACGACAAGCGGGAGUUUCCACAUGUCACCCUAUCCUAUGCGUCAUCCAUGGACUCUAAAAUAUCUCUUCUUCCCGGCAUGCAGACUGUGCUAUCAGGCCCAGAGGCGAAACUAAUGACGCAUUAUUUACGAUCACGCCACGAUGCAAUCUUAAUCGGAGUCGGGACUGUUCUUGCAGAUAACCCAGGGCUAAACUGUAGGCUGCAGGGUGCUGGAGGGUUUGGUGGUCUCGGAAGGAUGUGGCAGCCGCGGCCGGUGGUUAUUGACCCCAUGGGGCGGUGGCCAGUGCAUCCCGACUGUAGGAUGCUGCAGACUACGGUAGAUGGGAAAGGCAAAGCCCCAUGGGUCGUCGUGUCCCCUGGGGCCCAGAUCCAUCCCCAAAAGUUAAUGAUGCUUAAGGGUUACGGAGGCGAUUUCCUUCGUAUCAUGGAGUACCACCAGAAUUGGCGGCUUCGUUGGGAGCCUAUAUUACGGGCCCUAGCAUCAGAAGGCAUCAAGAGUGUAAUGAUUGAAGGCGGAGGAAGGGUUCUUAGUGAGCUUCUGAACCCUGAAUACACCGAGUUUGUUGAUUCUAUCAUUGUGACCAUCGCGCCAACAUACUUGGGUUCUGGGGGAGUCGGUGUGAGCCCAGAUUCAAAACGUGAUGCGCAGGGGAAACCUAAUGCAGCGCUCAAUCCGAGAGACGUGAAAUGGGUGCCGAUGGGACAAAAUGUCAUAAUGUGUGGAAAGAUCCGCACGACACCACCUACACCACUCGCGCCCCCUGCCGAGUCUAAUUCCUCCGGAGCAGAAUCGCGAUAA